UAUUUGGAGAGUUUUGUCCGCAGAGGGCCGGAUGGUUACGGAGAUUACUGCUCUGAGCGCCUGCGUCGUAUAAUAGCCAACGGAGAAAGACAGGAGCUGCCCUGUUGGAUAGAGCAAGAGGCUGUCAAGUCCAAGGAGCCCAUCGAUGUGUGUGUGACUCUGCUGGACGGCCGCACUGUCAGUCUGCAGCUGGACUCGGCGUCCACCUCCGCCGAGGUCUGUCAGGCUGUGGCCGACCAGAUUGACCUGCGAGACACGUACGGAUUCUCGCUCUACAUCAGCCUCUUUGACAAGAUGUGGUCUCUGGGCAGCUGUGGGCAGCACGUGCUGGAUGCGGUCUCUCAGUGCGAGCAGGAGAUGAGGAGGCAGGGCGGGGAGGAGAAGGACGCCCCCUGGAGGCUAUCCAUCCGCAAGGAACUGUUCACGCCGUGGCACGACUGCUCGGUCGACCACAUCAGCACCGAUCUGAUCUACAGGCAGGUCGUCAAGGGAAUCAAGUCCGGAGAGUACACCAGCGACAAGGAGGACGGAUACGUCCAGCUGGCAGCAAAGCACUAUUACAUCAAGUUUGGUUCUACAUACAACAAAGACAACAUCCAGAAGGUGGUGGAGGAGUGCAUCGCCACCCCGCUCAUCGAGAACAAAUCCAUGACCAAGUGGAUCCAACUCAUCAGCGCAGCACAUUUACAGGGUCCUUAUAUCAACGGGAAGCAGACAACAGACAGCGUAAAGGCUGAACUGGUGAAAAACGCCCAAUACGAAUGGCCCCUGCACUUCUCCAAGUUUUAUGAAGUUACGAUGAUGGCAGGACCUCCUUUACCCAAAAGCAGGUUUGUUGUGGCUGUAAACUGGAGCGGCAUCUUCUUCAUGGACGGCCGAGACCUGAGACUCCUCGAGCUUCCUUACGUCGAGGUAAAGGAAGUUCGCAUCAGCAGUGACAGUCAUGUCAGUACUCAGACGGUGAGUUUGGUCACCGUCAGAGGAGAGUUUGUCCUGAAGUCUGCGGAAGCUGCGGACAUGGCGGCUCUCGUAGAGGUAAACCUGGAGGGUCUGAGAGAGCGCUCAGUGUACGCGCUGGCUCAGCAGGAUCUCAACAAACCAGAAGACCCCUUGAUCCUGGUUUGUAAACGAGGAGACCUGCUGCUGGUGGAGAAAGACGAGGAAAAUGCUCCGGACGGGAACUGGAUCAAAGCAAACAACCAGCGCACCAGCGCCAACGGUGUGGUCGAUAAGGACUUCGUGCAGUUUCUGCCCACUCUAGAGAGGCCCUCUGACGAAAUACUGGAACUGCUGAGUCCAGGACAGAAGAAACCCUCGACAACGCAAAACGUCACUCAGAGGGAGAAGACGGUCGCUCCCGUCUCUUUGAAGGAGUUUGCGCUUGAGUUCUUCAGGCCCGCAGGUAAAGAUGUCGGUCGUAAAGGGGUCGUCAGGGAGAAGCUGUGGGCCAGCUCCAGAGAGCUUCUCAAACAGCCGCUGAUGAAGAGCCUCACUCGCAACUCCGACCUCAGCAACCUGGCCUGCAACGCCUUCACCGCUAUCCUGAAGUACAUGGGCGACUACCCCAUGAAACACGCUCGCAGCCACAUAGAUCUGACAGACCAGAUCUUUGGUCCAGCCACCCAGCAUGAGGCUCUGCAGGACGAGAUCUACUGCCAGAUUAUGAGACAGAUGACCAACAACACCAACAGCAUGAGUAUGGAGCGUGGGUGGCAGCUCAUGUGGCUGUGCUCAGGCUUGUUUCCGCCCAGUCGGGAUUUGAUGAGACACACAGUGCGUUUCCUGGAGUCGCGGCCCAGAGACCCGCUGGCUGCCGGCUGCCUGGAGAGGCUGCAGGGGAUGCGCAG